AUGAGUCUUAUGAUCAUCAAGCGCGGCAUACCUGAGGCUUUUAGGGGUGCGGUGUCUAAUAGUGUCACCAAAGCUAAGGAAUAUCUCGAUGAGAUUGAAAAGCGCUUUGCCAAAAGCGAUAAGGCGGAAACAAGCACAAUUCUGAAGAGUUUGAUUUCCAUGAAGUAUAAAGGCAAGGGAAAUAUUCGAGAAUAUAUCAUGGAAAUGUCCAACCUUGCAUCGAAGUUGAAGGCACUUAAUCUUGAAUUGUCAGAUGACAUGCUUGUGCAUUUAGUGCUUAUAUCUCUCCCGAACCAGUUCAGUCAAUUCCAAAUCAAUUAUAACUGUCAAAGGGAGAAAUGGACUCUUAAUGAGCUCAUUUCAUACUGUGUUCAAGAGGAAGAGAGGUUGAAGUAA